CACGACGAAAGCAGGGUGUCAGUUUCUUCGCAAGAUGUCGCCAGCCGCGCUCCGAACGCUUUUAAUAGUGCCGCUGUUGUUCAUCCUGGCGGGAUCAGAAACCACGACGACGCAGAGCCCAGAGACCGAUGGCGCAGCCGGCAUAGAGAAUAGGGCGCAUCGACUGAUCGUAUUCGAUUAUGACGAUUCCGAUUGCUCGACGCCGGAUACGUUGAAAGGGAAAUGCGGCCCUCUAGCCGAGUGCCCCGGUCUUCACAGGAUUCGGGACUUGAAUUUGUUGCGAAAGUACAUUUGUGGAUACAACGACCGAAGUCCGCUCCUGUGUUGCCCUCGACAGUUCAGACCGAACGCCAAUUCCUCACCCUCGACGAGAGCCCCGAGCACGACUCGAGAACCGGAGGUCAGAGAGGUUCUCAGAGCGCGUAGACCCGCUCUGAUUCCGGAAGAAUGCGGAAACACAAACGCCUCGUUUACCCGAGUCGUGAACGGUGUGGAUGCCAAGAAAGGUGAUUGGCCAUGGCAGGUCCUGGUGCUCAUGAGGAACCGCGAAGGGGAGUUCGAGUCCCAUUGCGGUGGAAGCCUCAUAUCACAUAGACACGUCCUGAGUGCAUCCCAUUGCUUCGUGCUUUCACCAAAAAAAGUGACCGACGCGAGCCUGUUCAGAGUGCGACUCGGUGAGCACGAUCUGUCGAGGAGAUCUCAAGAUUCGGUGGAGCGUUCGGUGGUUCGACUGAUCACCCAUGAGAACUUCGAAUACGGUCUCAACACGAACGACAUCGCGUUGAUGUUCAUGAACCAAGACGUGACCUUCAACAGAUACAUCUCGCCGAUCUGUCUACCGUACAGCAAGAAUAUUAUUCCGGACAAUAUCACCGAGAAAUACGCGUACGUGACCGGCUGGGGACGAACGAGAUACCUCGGAAAAACCGCCGAAGUUCUCCAGCAGGCCAGUUUCCCUAUCUGGGAUAGCAAACGAUGCAGUGACGCUUACAAAGCUGUACAUAUCGACCACGUCGACAGAGAAAGAUUCAUCUGCGCCGGAGACGAAUCAGGAGUACAGGAUUCGUGUCAAGGAGAUUCUGGAGGCCCUCUCGUUCGACCCGAGGGGUAUGCACCCACGAGAUUCUACCAAGUUGGAAUCGUAUCCUUCGGGGUCCGCUGCGCCACCAAAGGCUUCCCUGGAGUUUACACCAGGGUGACGAACUACCUUGACUGGAUCAACAAACAUAUCUGAAGCGAUCGACGAAAGCCACUGAGAAGCUUCAAAGCGAUUGUUUAAUAUGAGUUGUCGCCACAUUGUCCGACACCAAGAACGGUUGAAUAAUUUGGAACCGACGCGAGCCGUAGGAUGUUCCGUUCCAAAAACCCAAUGCUCAGAGGUUUCAUGUUUCACUGUCUUCUCGACGCUAUCUCAAUAGGAAAACGCCAUGCGACCCCUUCCUUUCUUCGUGAGAUGAACUUCGAGCCCGAGACGCGGAGCAACCACUCAACCGUCGAUUCUACGUGGAACGUAGAUGAAAGCAAUAUCAUCGAUUCCAAAUCUAGUGUUCGGCACGCCUAGGCGCGAUCUAGCUCCACUUAGGUUUCUCAUGUCGCCGGAACAUUUACCGAAGUUUCUCAUGCUGCUAUAGAUAUUUUCUGUUUUGAUCGCGACGAACCCCUUCGGCACAAAAGUCGGAAAAUAUUGCGUCCGUGCCUCGAUAGACGGGCGUAGAUGUAUCCGUAAUCUCACGACCCGAGCAACGACGGGAAGGAAGUCUCCAUCCACUGAUUUUGCUGCCGAUCGAUUUGGAAGUUCCGGCGAAUCGAUUCCGUUCUCGAAUAGAGUUUCGGCAGAAGUCGAUAUUUACUAACAGAAGUGGCCGAGUUCAGAGGAGAAGUGAUAGAAUGCAUUCUCGUUGACUCUCUGUACA